AUGCUCACGAUCAGCGCGUCCGAGAAGAAGUACAUUGUCGAGGGCAUUGCCGCAGACGUGCGUGCCGACGGACGCGACCGCCUCUCCUACCGCAGUCUUUCGCUCGAGACGUCGCUGCUCGUGCAGUCCAACGGCUCGGCCCGUGUCUCCCUCGAGGCUUCAGGCACUGACGUAUUGGCUUCUGUCAAGUUGGAAGUGACUCCGCCGGCGCCCGAAGCACCGCACGCUGGCGUUGUCCACGUCGCUGUCUCCUGCUGUCCGUCCGUCUCGGCGAAACUCUAUGGACGUGCGGUCGACGAGCUGAACGUGGAGCUGUCGCAGCUCAUGACGCGUCUCCUGUGCUCGUGUCCCAGCGCAGACCUCGAGAAGUAUUGCAUCGUACCAGGAGAGAGCGUCUGGUCCAUCCACAUUGACGUGAUGGUGUUCGAGUCGAGCGGCAACUUGCCGGACGUCAUCUCGAUGGCCAUUUACGCGGCGCUCAAUGACACGGUGUUCCCGUCGGUGCGUCUCGUGGGCGUAGAGGGCGAGAACAAGGCGAUUGAGGUGGACACCGACCCUGCCGCUGGCAAGCUCAUGAUGGCCCGACAUUGGCCCAUUUGCGUGACGCUGAGCAAGAUUGGCGACUGCUUUGUCACAGAUCCGCUACAGGAGGAAGAGCUGUGCACGACGGCCCGGAUGAGUGUCGCUGUGGACCCAGAGGGGAGUGUCUGUGGUGUCCAGAAGAGCGGCACGGGUGCGAUUGAGAUGGAAGAGAUGCAGCAGAUGAUUGACGAGGCGUGCGCACGGUCGAAAGAGCUGUUCAAACUGCUGCAAGAGGCUCUCGACAAGCAGCGAGAAAGAGAUGCUAGGGCAGGACGCAGGGUGGAGCGUCUUGGGUUUCUCGGAUAA